AUGUUUUGGAUUUUUGUGCUGGCGAUAUGCGGCGCAACCACAGCGAAUGUAGACCGUAUCUCCGGUGGAAAUUUAGCAGCUCUAAAUCAAUUCCCCUCUGCAGUGUCAAUUCAACAUAUAUCACGAGCAGAACCAAGUAGAUUAAUACAAGGACAUGUAUGUGGUGGUACUUUAGUGACGCGUUCAUAUGUGUUGACAACUGGAACUUGUGUACACCAGACCCAUGAACCGAACUCUCCACUGAUUAUUCUGAACCAGUAUAGAGUAUUUGCCGGAGGAGUCAAUCUUUUGGAAAAUAAUAUGAAUCGGAUACGAACCCCAGUGAACAUCACUCUGCACCCGAACUAUAUAGGGCCCCCGGCAUUGGUCAAUAAUCUUGCUCUAAUUGGUCUUAACUCUGCGUUUGGAAACGAAAUAAUUCCGGUAGCUUUGCCAAGUGCAGGCUCCCAGGUACCUGUUAUGACACAAUGCUACGCCGCUGGAUGGGGAGCCGAAGACAUGAGAUAUACUGAAAGUACUCUUCAAAGAUUCGUUUCGAAGUACGUCUAUGAUCAGCAUAUUUGCACCAUCCAGUACAAUAUAAAUUCUCAGAUGAAUUUACUGCCCAGUAUGUUGUGUGCUGCGUCUUGGGACGUUGUAUCAUCCGGAUGUGAAGGUGACAUAGGCAAUGGUUUGAUGUGUAAUGGAACAUUGCAAGGUGUCCUGUCAGUAUCAACGCAAUGCCGAGGUAAUAGUGUACCUGAGGUCUACGUUCGAGUCGCCGACUACACCACAUGGAUUAGAAGCGUCUCAGGAGUAGCUUCCACCUUCCAGCCAGGAAUGGCUGCGCUAAUGAUAAUCGCUAUUCUUCAAUUUAUAACCGUAAAGAUUAUAAGUUAA